UACUUAAGGCGGCGGCGGGGCCGGGCGCGGGCAGAGCGGGCGGCGGCGGGGCCUGGUGCGCUGCGGUCCCGGUCCCGGUGCCGGUCCCGGUGCGGGUCCCGGUGCGGGUCGCGGUGCCGCCAUGCACGCGGGCUGCUGGCUCGUGUCGGCGCUGCUGCUGGCGCCGGCGCCCUGGGCCGCGGCGGCCGGUGCCGGUGCCGGUGCCGGUGGCGGCGGCGGCGGCGGCGGCGCGGCGGCGCGCGGCCCCGGGGAGCCGUGCGGGGUUUACACGCCGGGCUGCGCCCGCGGGCUCCGCUGCCUGCCCCGCGCCGGCGAGCGCGCCCCGCUCCGCGCCCUGCUCCGCGGCACCGGCGUCUGCCGCGCCCUGGCCGCCCGCGCCCGCCCCGCCGCCACCGACCCCCCCGCAGGGGACGGAGCCAAGGAAGGGCGCAAGCUGCCCCCCGCCACGUCGGAGCCGCGGCCCCCCCCGGCCCCCCCCGGGGCUCGCGAGCGGCCCCCGCACGCCGACGGCCGCCAGGACCUGGAGACGGCGCCCUGCCGCAUGCACCUGGCCGCGGUGCUGCAGGAGCUGAAGGCCUCGCUGUACCUGAGCGCCGAGGACAUCUUCAUCCCCAACUGCGACACCAGGGGCUUCUACCGCACCAAGCAGUGCCGGGCCUCCAAGGGGCCGAAGCGGGGGCAGUGCUGGUGCGUGGACAGGACGGGGCACCCGCUGGCGGGCACCGAGGGCCAGGAGGGGGGCACCCGCUGCCCCCCCGGCAGCCCAGCCUGAGGGCGCCCCGGGCGCCGGGCUGCAGCGAGGGGGGGGCGCCGCUGGGCCCCCCCGCACCGGGAGGGGACCACAUGCCGCCCCACGGAGCCGGGCUGGGGGGGGGUGCUCCAAGUCUCCCCCCCCAUGGGGCUGCUGUGGGCCCCCCCCUCAAAAUCGCAGGGGGGGCCUGAAACUUGGGGACACGGUGGGGCUCGGCCCCUAAAUGAGGUGGGAUCGGGGGGGCCCCGCCGCAGCCCCCCCACUGCGCCGGGCCGGGGGGACGCGAAAUACAGCUCGGCUUUCGGAAA